AUGAGUCCGAAAAUGCUGAAGCUGGUCAUCAACAAGAGCCCCAAUGGCCACAAGAAGGCUAAGUACAAGCAGACUAUCAUCGAGUAUAACUGGCGGAUUGACUACUACCCACCCAAGGAGGGUGGUCUCGAAGCAAUCAUGAAGCUCAAUGUGCCAAUGCAAGUAAGCUUGUCAAUGGAGUGA